UCCUAGGAACCCCAGGGCAUGCCCUGAUGCCGCACAUCUGGGCGGGGCUGGCGCCCCCUUCUCCCCCGCUGAGGAUGGUGUUCUCCUUUAGUCCGCGCAGCCACACAAAGGGACGGGGGGAGGCAGCCCCCCCGGAGAAAGGGGAUGCGAUGGAGGCGGUGCGUGCAGCUCCGGUGCUCUAGGGGCGCAUGAGCGAGGCGCGCACGGGGCUAGAGGGACGCAGACACGGGGGAUCUGCUCCUCUCGCCACAGGAGGCAGCCCGCCGCCUCAGCACUGAGUUUCGGCCCCCGCCGGCAGGCAGCUCAGGGCCCCGCAGGAUUGUUUCUGAAUCACAGUCCUGCAAGAAGAAAAUCAUUUUGGUUUAAGUUGAACAUUUGUCUCUAGCAUUAAGACAACAGCUAUGCCAGUGCUAUCAGAAGAUUCAGGAUUGCAUGAGACUUUGGCCCUGUUGACAUCCCAGCUAAGACCUGACUCAAAUCACAAAGAAGAAAUGGGAUUCCUUAGAGAUGUCUUCAGUGAAAAAAGUCUGAGUUAUCUAAUGAAGAUUCAUGAAAAGCUCCGCCAUUAUGAAAGACAGAGUCCAACUCCUGUUUUACAUAGUGCAGCAGCUUUAGCUGAGGAUGUAAUUGAAGAGUUGCAAACUACACCAGUGAAUAAUGAAGAAAAAGAGCUGCUUCAGCUAUUGUCAACACCACAUCUUCGGGCAAUGCUUGUAGUACAUGAUACUGUUGCCCAGAAGAACUUUGACCCAGUCCUUCCCCCUCUGCCAGACAAUAUUGAUGAUGAUUUUGAUGAAGAAUCAGUUAAAAUUGUUCGUCUAGUGAAGAAUAAAGAGCCGUUGGGUGCCACCAUCAGAAGGGAUGAGCAUACAGGGGCUGUGAUUGUAGCGAGAAUCAUGAGAGGUGGUGCAGCUGACCGCAGUGGUCUUGUCCAUGUUGGAGAUGAGCUAAAAGAAGUCAAUGGGAUUGCUGUGCUUCACAAACGACCAGAAGAAAUUAGUCAGAUUUUGGCUCAGUCUCAGGGAUCAAUAACAUUAAAAAUAAUUCCGGCCAUCAAAGAAGAAGAUCGUCUGAAGGACAGCAAGGUAUUUAUGAGGGCACUCUUCUGCUAUAAUCCAAAAGAGGACAAAGCCAUUCCCUGUCAGGAGGCAGGAUUGCCAUUUAAGAGAAGACACAUCUUAGAAGUUGUGAGCCAGGAUGAUCCAACAUGGUGGCAAGCAAAGCGUGUUGGUGAUACCAACCUCAGGGCAGGAUUGAUCCCUUCAAAACAGUUCCAAGAAAGGCGUUUGAAUUAUAGAAGAACUAUAGGCACUCUGCAAAACUCCAAAACUGUAAAGAAGCCAUUAUAUGAUCAGUCUUCUGAGAAAGAAGACUGUGACUGUGAGGGAUAUUUCAAUGGACAAUAUAUAGCUGGUUUGCGGAGGAGCUUUAGGUUAAGUCGAAAGGAGAAACACAACAACCAGAAUCAAGCAAAGCAAGCAGACAUAUCUGAGUUCCUAACAUAUGAAGAAGUCACUAAAUAUCAGCAGAAGCCGGGAGAAAAGCAGAGACUGGUGGUUUUGAUUGGUUCUUUAGGAGCCAGACUAAAUGAGCUCAAGCAGAAAGUUGUGUCAGAGAAUCCACAGGAAUAUGGUGUUGCAGUACCACAUACAACCAGGUCAAAGAAAAGUCAUGAAAAAGAGGGAGUGGAAUACAAUUUUGUCUCUAAGCAAUCAUUUGAGAUAGAUGUACAGCAUAACAAAUUUGUUGAACAUGGAGAAUACAAAGAGAAUCUGUAUGGAACAAGCCUUGAGGCAAUCCAAUCUGUUAUGGCCAAAAAUAAAGUUUGUUUGGUGGAUGUGGUACCCGAAGCAGUAAAGCACCUGAGAACACCAGAGUUUAAACCGUAUGUUAUAUUUGUGAAGGCUCUGGUUCCAGAAAAGAAAAAAAAUGCACCAACAUCUCCAACUUCAGAAGAAAUCUCAGCCCCACUUGAUGAAGAACAGCAGGACAUUAUUAAUUCGGCAGCAUUUAUCGAAGAGCAGUAUGGCCAUUUAAUUGACACUGUGCUGCUGAAAGAAGACCUCCAGAGUGCCUAUAAUCAGUUGAAAACUCUGCUAGAGAAGCUGAAUGAGGACUCAUUUUGGGUGCCAGUGAGUUGGGUUAGAUCAUAGCCUGCUCUCACAUGUCAAAAGGAAAGCCUAUAUAAAAUGUGCUGUAAAUGUAAGGAUUAUAAGAGGGAACAUGUCAGCUGCACUCCAAAACUGCCAGCUUGUCUAGAAAGGAAUAUAAAAAUGUCCUAUCAAUCAGAAGCUGACAUGGGGUUCCUGAACCACAAUUUUCAGUAGCGUCAUUUAAAAUUUUGAGUGCUCGAUGUAGAUUGAUUGAUAAAAAUUUAGUGAUUUUUAAGCUUUAUAAAUACUUUGUGAUACAGAGUGAAACUUCACCUACUGCCAAUGGCUAUGGAAACAAGUAUCUUAACUCAGACAAAUGGUCCCAGAGAGUGUAAGGAACAAAGCGAGCCUUGGAGAUUAAAUCUACAUGGCUGCAAGACUUUUUUCCAAAUACUUCAGGAAGUUUGGAUAUACAGAAUUUUUUAGUGUAUAGAUGGAAAUGCAGAUGUAGUAGGACUUUGGAAACCAAUGACAGUUCAUAAUUUGCUGAAUCUGCUAUUGAUAAAUAGUACAUUAUCUACUUAGGAGUUCCUGCUUUCCAUUUGCCUGUCACUUUUGAUCUUUCCUAUAUAUCAAAUCCUUUAGCAAUGGCUUCAAAUGUAAACCCAUACUUAUUUUUGUCUUAACAAUAUGAAGUUAUUGUUAAGCAAAAUCACUGUAAUGGAUUUUCUGUAAUGGAAUCCACUCACCAUUGAGGCACCCACCAUUAUGUGCUCCUCAUGCCAGGCAUCGUGUUGCAGCUCUCAUACCAUCUCCUUCACUGAGUGCUGUGACAGUUACUCUGUCAGGUAACUUGGCCCUCUGGCUGGGUCACAAUCUUUUAUUCCACCCCUCCUGGGUCAUAGUUGUCCAAACUAGGCUUCAAAACUGUUUUUAACAGAAUUAAACUUUCCACCCUCUCUGAUGCUCUUCUUCAACCAGUUUCUUCCUGUUACCCAGGGUCCCUCCCAGGCUGCUUUCUGCCUAGAUAACUUUCCUCACUCAGGGCUCUGCAGGAACCAUCUUGCUCCCUGCCAUCUCUUUCCCCAGUUGGACCCUUUCAGCACUUAAACCUUGGUCCUUUUAUACAGGAAUCACCUCAUUUCACUCAGGUGAAGCCCAUUCUGUAGUCAGGGCUGGAUCAGCCCCAGGCUCUCCAGCCCACAGAGCAAGCCACCCUGUUACAUUCCCCCUCCAAAGAACAAUAAGUAAAAUGUUUCUCUUGUCUAGAUUCAAAACAGUAUUCAAUCACAUUAUUCAUUCAGGGUCUAAUAUGGGCCCUAAUCUACUCAAAUCUGGAGUGGCUCUGUGUGGUUACUAGACCCUGCCCUGUUCAUGUGAUCUUGCCAUUAUGUAAAAAGACCAUGCAUCCCAGGUUUUUUAUGAAGUUCUUGGAACUUCUUAUGGGACACAUGAAAUGUUCCAGUUUUUCAUUUCAUCUAUCAAAAUGUUCAGGUUUUUAAUAACUACAAAAUGUUUGUCCAAGAUCAGUUCCACUCUUAAAGUGUUUUGCACACUGUUUCAUUCUGAUCAAGAAGUGAGCAUGUGCUUUGUGACAAUCAUUGGGCAGGGUCAGUGCUUGUCUUUAGACCACAUUGCAAUACAAGUCUAAGACUGACUCAGACUGGUCAGUGCAAAACCCCUGCUCUGGCCCCAGGAGGAAGUGCUGGUGGUCCUUCUGCUCCCUCCUUGCUAUUGUCAUUGGAAGGAAAUGGUGGUGCUCAGCUCUUCUGUGAUUUUCUGACCCAGGCAGCAUAAAUCUAUGAAAAGCGAGUCAAUGCCAAGAAAUUCAGUUUUUUCCUGACCUUAAGAAGGUUACCACAAAAAACAUUUGGGUUUUGAUUUUGAAAAUAUGGUCAACUUACCCGUAUGGUAAAAGGUAGAGCACUGUGAUCAAAUAAGUCUUGGCGUAAAAGAGAUGGGUCAAUUAAUCAACUCCCAUCACUACAACCGUAUGUUAUUGCAAGUAUCAAGUCUCUCACAUAAGUCAACAACCUAUGGUAAAACAAAUGAAUCCCAGUAACAUGAUAGAGUCUUCAAUGAAUUAUAGAGUGGAGGAGAAUUUCUAGUGCUGUGAAUCUGAGGAGAUGGGUCGUCAAUAUAUUUGAAAAGAGUUAUAUCACCUGGAUGGAGCCAGGUAUGCGUUAUAUGGCCAAAAGCAGGGCUUUCCACCAUCCCUGCAUGUUAAAGGCUCAGCCCAUUCAGUGGAGCCCAGGCCUGAAUUUGGCAUAUUAACAUUUUACCUGGUUUUUAUACCAGCUCACUAAAUGCAUAAACAUCUUUUGCAUCUUGUUUCUGUUGUAAAAUAGCAGAAACUAUGCUCCAUGAAGAAAUUCUGCUGUUUUCCAUAUUAUUGAUUUAGUACAUUAUGUUUUAUAGGCAAAAGUAAAAUGACCUGGCCAAAGGACCUUAUAGUCUGCAGGUAGACCAAGACACAAACUACCAACAGAAAUGUAGAACUACAAUGUCUGAGACCAGUAAAGAAACAGAAAUGAAAAUCCCCCCCAGCCCCACUGUGCAUACCACACAAAGAAUGUUGGUAGACACUAUGUGAGAAUUAUUGUUGCUCAAAUCCAUUUCCUUUCACCCCCAACUACUGAAACUCACAACUACAUUUAUAUCCAGACCCAUCUCAGUUCAUGUACUUUACCACUCCCUUUCGCUUCCAAUAGUCAGUGACCCAGAUUGCACGCACCCAGUUCCUGAAAAUGUUAAAAAGUCUCUAAAAAGACACUACCCAACAUUAGCAACAAUAAUCUCCUUACUGAUAAUUUUACUUAGUAAUAAAACUAACUGUGAGGCUGAAAUUAUGGUUGUGUAUGAUUUUGGAGGCAGGCUUGGCUUUCCACAUAGAUUUGCCCCAGUCCUAUGUUCCCCUUCCCCACCCCACUUCUGAAUGGAAAAAAAUGAUAAUUUUUACAUCUAUAGGGGAUGUAUUAUGCUUUAUAUAAAUACUUAGCAGAGGCAAGGGGACCUGGGAGUGGGUGAGCAUGGAAGGGUAGCUGGGGCCUAUGUAGAUAUGCAUAAAAUUCAGGCAAGGAUCUGGGUGGGAGCCGGGGCUCAGAAGUGAGGUUUACAGGACCAGCUGAUGAAUCUCUCCUCUAGCUGACAUACAGUCUUCACUGCCAAAGCAAGUUUUGGUUGAAGUCUGCUCCUCUCGCUGUCCUCCUUACCUCAUUAGCUUCAACAGAGGGAGGGAUAAUGGAAAUCUUACAACAAAAAUUUCCCCAGGAUACCAAGAUUGUUGGUUGAAUUUUCAAACGUGACUAUGGAGUACAAGUCCCCUGGAAAGUCAGUGGGAGUUGUGUGCCUGAAUAACUUAGGCCAGAGCUAUGCUAGAAGAGGUUUGCUGGUAUAGCUAGAAUGGCAAACUCUACUUGUAUAGACACAGCUUAUAUUAGGGAAAAGGUGCUUCCCCCUCCUCUCCCCAGUCCCAUGCCAGUAUAGUCACAUUUACCUCAGGGUUCAGAGGAGCAGCCGGGUUAGUCUGUAUUCGCAAAAAGAAAAGGAGGACUUGUGGCACCCGAGAGACUAACCAAUUUAUUUGAGCAUGAGC